UACAAGAAUGCGAUGCUUAUCAGUGGUACUUUAGCUGUCCAACUGAAUUUAUAAACCUUAGCGGAUGACCUUCAUACAUUUCAGGGAAAUGGUACCAAAUUUGUUUUUAGUUGCACUGUUUAUCAAUGUUCCCGAUUUAUGGGCCUCAGACAGACGGCACAGUCGCCAUGCAUCGGUCGGUGGGGGCAUGACGAACCAACUAGACCCGAGAAACACGGCUGCAAUAAAUACUACUGCUUCUAGAAAGUUCUUGCAGGAGUUUCUACAGGAUAUCCCACCACCAAUUAUAGGCCCAGUGUUUGACAAAACMGUGCCGAAUAACGUGACUGGGUUAGUUGGUAGAACCGCGUACUUACAUUGCAGAGUCAAGAACCUGGGAAAUCGAACUGUAUCAUGGAUCCGACAUCGGGAUAUACAUCUCCUUACUGCAGGAAGAUACACAUAUACAAGUGAUCAACGGUUCGAGGCCAUUCAUGAACCACAUUCAGAAAACUGGUCGUUAAGGAUAAAAUAUCCGCAAAAAAAAGAUUCUGGUAUUUAUGAAUGCCAGAUAAGUACAACUCCACCCAUAGGACAUCCAGUAUACUUAACUGUGUUAGAACCAACUACCGAAAUACUGGGAGGUCCGGAGCUGUUCAUUGAUCAGGGUAGCACAAUAAACCUCACCUGCUUGGUGCAGUUCGCACCGGAACCUCCGCCGACCGUCGGAUGGACGCACGAAAAACAACCCAUAAAUUUCGAUUCUCCGCGAGGCGGAAUAAGCCUGGUAACGGAAAAAGGGUCGACCACCAGCAGCAGAUUAUUAAUUCAAAAGGCGUCGUCUUCAGAUACCGGCUACUACUCUUGCGAUCCGUCAAAUGCAAAUUCGGCCACCGUCAGGGUUCAUAUAUUAAACGGUGAACAUCCGGCCGCAAUGCACCACGGUCAGGGCAGCAUUCCACUGUGUCCGCCGAUUGUCAGCGCCAUGAUCGUACCGUUUUUGCUCAUCUUUACUGCCAGAGACCUAUAGUACCAACAACACACACUUGUYCACCAGAAAUAUUUAAUAUUAACAUAUUAUAUUAUUUUUAAGAAUAAUAAUGUAUAUUAUUAUCAUAACAUAAUAAUGAUAUAGGUUGAAACAUUUUCUGAUUUAAAUGUAAAUGCCUAUCGUAAUAAUAUUGUACAUAAUAUGUACUCAUUGAGCAAUAAGCUCAAAAACGUUGACGAUGCAGUAGACGAUUUUGACGUAAGAUUUUAUCUUGUCUUUUAAGUCACUCGUAUUUAUUUUCAUCGUUAAAUACGCGUUUCUUUUUGGAAACUACGUACGCACACAAAAUGCAYGCCUACAUGCGUACUUCUAAUAGUAUUAUUAUUAUAUUAUAUAUACACGUCCGUCGUUGAUUUGUUUCUCGUUACUUAUUAAUUACAUUGUUAUAACAUAAUAUACCCCCCUAAUCGUGUAUAAUAUAAUAGUAUAAUAUAAAUUAUAUUAAUAUACUUCUUUUUGUAUUAAUUGGCACAGAUUACUCAAUACGCGCUUCUUCAGCGUAUAUUUUUGAACCGUACAUAACCAUGUAACAUGAUAAACAGGUGAGAUAUCUCUGCGUAAUAUUAUGCACCACCGAUAACAUUUCAUUGUAAUUCAUUUAUAAAACCGAUUCAUGAAAAAUAAUUUUUGUGUAACACCAAUUUAUGUCUUUUAAAUGUAUUAUCGCCUAGAGAAUUAAUUAAUUGAGAACAGCUCUGAAUCGACUAACACAAGAUAUCUGACUUGAUGAUAAACUUCUACGUAUCCGAAAUGUCACACAUUUGACUGUUACAUGUAUAAUCUUGGGAACCAUUCAAAAUUGAUGAUAAAAAUUACGUGGGAAAAUAUUUCUGCUCAUUUUAAAGUUAUUAAGAUUUUGGUUGUAGGUAUAACGAUUCUAUAAAAUAAAAUACUAUAAUAUAGUAUUUUAUUAAUACCUUGAUCUCAUAUAAUAAACGCAGUGUUGAUUUUGUAUUGAAAAUUAAACA